AUGGAUUCAGCCGCCUUCCAAAUGGAUGAUCUUCGUGAUAAUGGAAAUGUCAUUGAGAUAAUCGGUGGUGAUGAGUUCCUUUAUGAUGGCAUCCAAAUCCAACCCCCAAAAUCUGGAAAUGAGCCACCGAUUAUGGAAACAAGAAACCAAUCAAUGGAGAUUGGGAAAAUGUUCUUCAAGACACAAUCUUUUGGGUCUUCUAGUAGUUUCAUGGUGGGGAAUCAAAGAUCUUUCAAAGAUCGGCCCUGCAAAAACUUCUAUAGUGAAGUAGGGUGUCUUUAUGGUGACCAAUGUGGCUUUCUUCAUGAUGAACAAUCAAGAAUCCGUGAAAGGAAUUCGAUAAUUUUGACUCCUCAAAUUCAAUCUAGUGAUGGAUUUGGGAAUGGAAGUGGAAAUGGAAAUGGAAAUGGGAAUGUGGAAACAACUGUGAAUGGAGGACAUGUGGCAACAACUAAUGUAACUGUGAAGCCUGCAUGCUGGAGGACAAAGAUUUGCAACAAGUGGGAAUCGGCAGGCUUUUGCCCAUUUGGAAGCCGGUGCACUUUUGCUCAUGGGGUUGCAGAACUGCAAAGAUACGGUGGUGGGCUUGUUCAUCAAGAGGUUAACCCUAACCCUAAACCGAAUCCUAACAACCAGCGACUCAUGUCUUCAAACAAAGUUGCAACCCUUGGCUCAUCAAUGGCUCAUGCAGUUGCACCUAUCGGUUCAUCGGUGGGUCGUGCAGGUGGUUCUGGUUCCGGGCAGCUGCCCGGGAUGAUGCGGAAACCUUGGAAGGGUCCUGUCAAGAUUAAUGGUAUUUAUGGUGAUUGGAUUGAUGACAUUGAAUAA